AUGGUCGCCACCGCCGCGCCCAGCGCUGAGCCCAUCGAGCUCGAUGCCCGCGGCCUCGAGGCGAGAGAAGACCGCAUCAAUGUGGAUGUUUGCUUACAGGCGAACUGGGGGAGCUGCACUAGUAUUGCAGUUUACACUCAACAUGAUUGCUACUCGUUGAACGGCAGUACCGUCAACGAAAAUGUCAGAUCAGUUAAGAUCCCUGAUGGGUACCGCUGUCGCUUCUGGGCCUCAACAAAGUGCAAUGGCGAUAGUACGGCCGAUAUCUAUUCCCCGAAAGCGCAUCAGAUCCCGACGAAUAUGCAGAGCUCGGCAAGCUCUAUCAAGUGCUAUAAGAACUGA